UAGCCUGGUUCUCGAAACGCGGCCCCGGUGUUGCGUAACACUUUCUCCCCGGCUGUAGACUGAGCGAUGGCGGCCGGUGAGGCGGGUUUUGCCGGCACUCCGGCCGAGGGGAUCCUGAUUGGAGAGAAGCGCUACUCCGGAGUGAAGCUGACCCUGGAUAACUGCCUGCUUCCCAGGGAGCUACUCUCCCAAACCCCGUCGGCGGCUCACGGCCUGCGGCCCGACACCGAAGCAGAGCUCCGGCGGGAGGGCUGCGAGCUGAUCCAGGCCGCGGGGAUCCUGCUCAAACUGCCGCAGGUUGCCAUGGCCACCGGGCAGAUCCUGUUCCAGCGAUUCUUUUACUGCAAAUCAUUUGUGAAGCACUCCAUGGAGUACAUCGGCAUGGCCUGCCUGCACCUCGCCUCGAAGAUCGAAGAGGAGCCGCGGAGAGUGCGGGACGUCCUGAACGUGUUCCACCGGCUGAGGCAGAUCAAGCAGCGCCGGAAGCUGUCUCCUCUGCCUCUGGAUGUGAGUUACAUCUUCCUGAAGAAUCAGGUGAUCAAAGCGGAGCGGCGUGUGCUGAAGGAGCUGGGCUUCUGUGUGCACGUCAAGCACCCGCACAAGAUCAUCGUGAUGUACAUUCAGGUUCUGGAGCUCGAAAAGAACAAGAGCCUGGUGCAGACAGCCUGGAACUACAUGAAUGACAGCCUGCGCACCGACGUGUUUGUGCGCUUCGACCCCGAGAGCAUCGCCUGUGCGUGUGUGUACCUGGCAGCACGGGCCCUGCAGAUCCCGCUGCCCAACCAGCCGCACUGGUUCCUGCUGUUCGGAGUGGAAGAGGAGGGGAUCCGAGAGAUCUGCCAGAGGAUACUGCAGCUGUACCUGCCCUGCAAGACUCCUCUCUCCUCUCUGGAGCAGCUGGUGCAGCAGUGCCGACUGGCCCUGGACGAGGCGCGCACGCAGACCAAGAGGCUGCUGCCCAACGGGACCCCCAAACUGGAGACCCCCGCGGGCUUCUCCCCCGCAUCCAAGACCGGCUCCCCGGUGGAAGGGAAGGCUCCGCGUCGGUCUCCUCUCUCUCUUCAGGCUGUGAAGAAUCUCCGGCGCCGGCUGGACGAGGAGGAGAGGCGGGCGAGAUCACGCAGCCCCGUCGUCAGGAAGGGGCGUGGUCACAGUGCUCAGCGCAGCUCCGCUCACCCUGGCUCUCCUGCACGCAGCCUGAAGCGCAGGAGAAGCCGCAGCAUGUGCUCCCACAGCGCCUCCUCUUCCAGACGCAGGGGGCGCAGCAGCUCCUCCCCGUCCCGCAGCCGCAGCGACUCCCCCCCGCCCCCGAGACCCCCCCGGAGAGAGCGGCGAGGAGGCAGGGAGAGGAGACCGGAGCACAGAGAGGGGCCCCCGCGCUCCCGGGAGAGACGCUAGCACUGGAACCAUACCUCGAGAGACUGGACACAGGAUCACCCGGGGCCACAGUGACCCGCACUCGAGGGGGGGGGGGGGAGGGUUCAUCCACAGAGGGGCCCCUGCGCUCCCGGGAGAGACGCUAGCACUGGAACCAUACCUCGAGAGACUGGGCACAGGAUCACCCGGGGCCACCGUGACCCGCACUCGAGGGGGGGGGUUCAUCCACAGAGGGGCCCCCGCGCUCCCGGGAGAGACGCUAGCACUGGAACCAUACCUCGAGAGACUGAACACAGGAUCACCCGGGGCCACCGUGACCCGCACUCGAGGGGGGGGGUUCAUCCACAGAGGGGCCCCCGCGCUCCUGGGAGAGACGCUAGCACUGGAACCAUACCUCAAGAGACUGGACACAGGAUCACCCGGGGCCACAGUGACCCGCACUCAAGGGGGGAGGGUCAUCAUGUCCGCCAGGCCCUGUGGAGGUGUUGAGACGGGAGAGGGGUCGGUGUCUCUGACCCGCACUGCCUCACUUCUUUGUAUUUUUUUGUUUUUCUGAAAUAUUUUGAAAUAAAAAGUUGUUUUUCUGUUUUUUUGUUUUUUUUUUGGGGGGGGUGAUGAUGUCACGCGCUUCAUUUUGAAUGGUGUUCCUAUUUUAAUAAUGCAGUCUGAGCUUCAUUUUGAAUGGUGUUCCUAUUUUAAUAAUGCAGUCUGAGCUUCAUUUUGAAUGGUGUUCCUAUUUUAAUAAUGCAGUCUGAGCUUCAUUUUGAAUGGUGUUCCUAUUUUAAUAAUGCAGUCUGAGCUUCAUUUUGAAUGGUGUUCCUAUUUUAAUAAUGCAGUCUGAGCUUCAUUUUGAAUGGUGUUCCUAUUUUAAUAAUGCAGUCUGUGCUUCAUUUUGAAUGGUGUUCCUAUUUUAAUAAUGCAGUCUGUGCUUCAUUUUGAAUGGUGUUCCUAUUUUAAUAAUGCAGUCUGAGCUUCAUUUUGAAUGGCGUUCCUAUUUUAAUAAUGCAGUCUGUGCUUCAUUUUGAAUGGGGUUCCUAUUUUAAUAAUGCAGUCUGAGCUUCAUUUUGAAUGGGGUUCCUAUUUUAAUAAUGCAGUCUGAGCUUCAUUUUGAAUGGUGUUCCUGUUUUAAUAAUGCAGUCUGUGCUUCAUUUUGAAUGGUGUUCCUGUUUUAAUAAUGCAGUCUGAGCUUCAUUUUGAAUGGUGUUCCUAUUUUAAUAAUGCAGUCUGUGCUUCAUUUUGAAUGGCGUUCCUAUUUUAAUAAUGCAGUCUGAGCUUCAUUUUGAAUGGUGUUCCUAUUUUAAUAAUGCUGUCUGAGCUUCAUUUUGAAUGGUGUUUCUGUUUUAAUAAUGCUGUUCUCUCACAGCUGUUGCACAUCGUUCAUCCUUCUGCACUGAAAUGGUGUGUUUUUGUCAUUUUGUUUUUUUUCAAACCCGCUCCAGAGCAGAUAUCACACAAGAACCCGUUUCUAUUGAACUGAGACGCCUUGGCAAAGAACAUGUUCUUCUGUUUUAAUAAAGACAAUUUGUUUUUCAAA